AUUAUUGCUAAACUUCUUUAUUUUAAAGUCGUAAAAACAUUUGCCAGAAAACCCUCUCUAAAACCCUCAUCUCCUUGUUGACGUUGAGGAAAACCUAGCCCUAAAAACUCAGAAGUCAGAAGUUGCAGAAAUGGGGAGAUCAAGGAGGAAGUACAAGAACUCAAGGGCUAAGGUUAAAGUAGGACUUCCCAAGAAGAAUCCCAAAAUCGUUAAACCCGCUUUCAAUCUUCCUCCUAAACUUCUUGCUCUUCUCGAUCCUCUAGGCACCACAUGGGACGAAACGGGCACCGUUAUCCGAAAUUACAAGCAAUUUGGGGUUGUUUCUAAUCCUAAUUUACUCGGUGUUCGAUCUCGUACUUCGCAUAUUAUCGAGAGUGAUUCUCUUCAAGUACCACCGCCUCGUCCUCAAGAUCCCGCUGAUGCCAAACUUGAUGAAUUUGAGCCUAUUGAUUCCGGCAGCGACCUUGAAGAAGACGAUCUUAAAACAGCACUUGGAAAGAAAAGAAGGGACGGUAAAAGUGCACCAUUACAGCCAUUGACGACAAUGCAGCGUGUACAUCUUCGUCCUUUAAUUGAGAAGUAUGGAGAUAAUUAUGAGCGCAUGUUUAGGGACACAAAACUGAAUUCGAUGCAACAUUCUAUUGCCGCACUGAAGAAUUUGUGCCAAAGAUACCAUCAGUACAAGGACAAAAACCCUUUGAUUCUAGGCAAGUGUAGGAUCGCUUGAAAUCUCGAGCAGGAAGCACGGAGUUUCAAUGUAUUUGAAUUGUCUAAUGAGUUGUAUUAGAAAAUCAAUUGUACUCCACAAUUUUUUUGCUUGCUAUGAUAAUUUUUAUGGCGCGGGGAAGAAACUGUUGAAAAUACUAAUUGCUAGGUUUGAUAUUGGUAUACUGCUACUGCAUUUCAUUUAUGAUUCUUGCCAUAUUC